AUGGUCUCUGCUGCAGGGCAGGGCGCAUUCGGCGGGAGCGGGGGCGACAAGGUAGCUCAGUGGGUGCAGUUCGUGGCGUCUGUGCAAGAUGCCCCAGCAGAUACUCACCCGCUCAUCUUCUACGCGGGCACGGCCCAGGCGCUCGCCGAGUCCAUUGGGUCAGUGGAGCCCACUGAUUACGCAGAAGAGAAGAUGCGUGAUUUUGUCAUCAGUAGCUUGCAAGUGAACGCUGUUCCUUUCGACCAGGACCAAGUUGAGCAAUGGAAAAACUCCAAGCUCAAACCUGCCCACAUCACCUUGGCCCCCAAGGUGCAAACGAAAGCGAUGCGCGAGUUCCCGUCGGGCCGCCCGGGCUCCAGCAGCGCCGCAGACCAGACUGCCCAGGCCAUUGCAGAGUGGGCCAAGGUGCAAAACGCCAAGGCGGAGAAAGAAGCUAAGCGCGGGACGUUGAGCUUCAACUUACAGGACAGGAUCGCUGAAGUGGGGCUCCGGUUUUCGAAAACGCCUAAACUGGACGUCCUCGUGGGCAACGGGACCAUCGGUGACAAAGUCACGGAGGCCCGGGAAGCGAAGCGGGCCCGCACCAUGGAGGAGCGGAUCGGCUUCAUGGGCUUCGCGAAUUUUCUCGAUCACCUCCACGAUGGGGGCGCCAAGAUGGUUCUCUCCAAGGUGAUCACGCCCGUGCAGUACUGGGCGCACGAGAUGCAAUUGGUGCGCUUAUGCGAGGAGCGCGGCGGCACGAGGGUUGCGUUCUACUACGACCUGCUUCUCCGCCAGAAGCUGGCCCGUGCCCUCGAGCAGGGCCAGGGCGACCAGGUCGAGGUCCUGCUGUGCAGGAGCCCGCCCAAAGGCAACGGCGCAGCUUCUGCGCAGUGGCACACCAAAGGCCAGGAGAAGAAGUGGUCCAGCUGGUGA